AUGUGGAUUGGAUUCUGUUGGGUGUUGAUCUUAUUUGCCAGAAGCUCGAAUGGCAUCUACAAUGGAGUAGAGGCAAAGUUCGACUUCUGGACCUUCAUUGCCUCCGUGUGGGUAAAUGGGUAUCAGGAGUGCGGCGGCACAGUGAUCGACAGUCGAAUUAUCCUGACAGCAGCGCAGUGUGUUAAGAAUAAGCCGGUGAAGAAGAUCACUGUCCGUGUGGGAACGCCGGAUAUCUAUAGAGGUGGUAAAGUUAUCAAGGUGACUGCGAUGGCGGUGCAUGAAAACUACAAGGAGUGGAACAACGAUAUCGCCCUCUUAUGGCUAGAGAAGCCAGUGCUUUCCGAACGAGUGACCAACAUUCCACUGCCCUUCAAAGAACCAUCUGAAAACGAAUAUCCCAGCAAUGCGGGAUGGGGCGAGAAACUACUGGAGUCCUACGUUUCGCCCAGAAAACUGCAAAAUGGAGUGACCAAAAUCCGUCCCCGGAGCUUGUGCGUCGAUGAACUUGUCGAACCCAUUGGCAACGAGCUUCUCUGCGCCUUUUACGCCGAAAACGAUAUUUGUCCCGGCGAUUAUGGAGGUCCUUUGAUCCUGGCCAACAAAGUGGUUGGCAUCGCGGUGCAAGGACACGGCUGCGGGUAUGCCAUUCUGCCCUCGCUUUACACCAACGUCUUCCACUACCUGACAUGGAUAGAAGAGAACUCAAGGGAGCUCAAGAAAAAUAACUAAAAAUAGUAUUAAGAAACAACGUUUUAGCAAUACUAAAGGUUUCAAAAUUGUAGGUAUUUAUUUGCAGAUA